UUUUGUGAUCUCAGUAGGUUUUUAACUGAAAGAACUGAACUACUUAUGAACUCACUUAUUUGUUUCAGUACUUUGGCAGAACAGGUUGAAACAGCUUUAGACAUCACAUGUGUCCUCUUUGGUAAAGAAAUUUUAAAUAUCAUACCUGGUAGAGUUUCCACAGAAGUAGAUGCUAGGUUGUCCUUUAAUAAAGAAGCUAGCAUUGAGAAAGCAAAACGAUUAAUUGCUUUGUAUGAAGAACUUGGUGUAAACAAAGAUCGUAUUUUAAUUAAGCUUGCUUCUACUUGGGAAGGUAUUCAAGCAGCAAAAGAACUGGAAGAGAAAUAUGGAAUCCACUGUAAUUUAACGCUUCUGUUUUCUUUUGCACAAGCAGUUGCUUGUGCAGAAGCAGGUGUAACCCUUAUUUCACCAUUUGUUGGUAGAAUUUUAGAUUGGUACGUGGCAAACACAGAUAAAAAAUCUUAUGAAUCUAAAGAAGACCCAGGUGUUUUGUCUGUAACUAAAAUUUACAAUUACUACAAAAAAUUUGGAUAUAAAACGGUUGUUAUGGGUGCUUCAUUUAGAAACGUUGGCGAAAUUAAGGAACUAGCUGGUUGUGACUUUUUGACUAUAAGCCCUAAAUUGUUGGAAGAAUUGGAAAAAAGUAAUGAACCAAUACGUAAAGUACUUACAGGAGAAGCAGCAAAAAAAUCUGAUCUUCAAAAGAUUAGUUUAAACGAAGCCGAAUUUAGGUGGCUUCUUAAUGAAGAUCAAAUGACAACAGAUAAAUUAAGCGAAGGUAUUCGCAAAUUUGCGGUGGAUGUUCGUAAAUUGGAAAAGUUAUUGCAAGAAAAAAUACAAUCUUAAAAAUAAACAACAUAUCUAUACUAAGCAUAUUCAUGUAAUGAAUGUUUUAUUGUAAAUAACAGUACUAAAAAAUAAUAAUUAUUUCA